AUGCGCAAAGUUCAACGCGUCUCCUGCGGUUCCACACUACAAAUGGCUUGGAUUAUUCCCCCGCAUCUGCACGGGACUGGCGCUGCUUUGAUUCUGAUUGCGGUGAUUCUGACAGGUGAUGCAGUUGCGCAGGUUUUUGACAGCUAUGGAUUAUCAUAUGCCUUGAGGUCCGAGCUGACAGAGGACACGAUACUGGUUGCCAAUAAUGGGGUCCGCGUGCCUUUCGGGAGAUCAGUCUUUAUUGAUCCCAUCAACGAUUUGGUUAUCCAAGUUCAGCCCGGUGAUAGGUGCAGCAUAACAGUCCUGGACAAUGAUCCCUUGUCUCAAAAGCCUGGACAUCUAUCUCCGAAAAAGUUUCCGUGUGAAUUUGGCCCCAACGACGUGAAGUAUUCUCACUUUGGCUCUAGGAGUCCUCCGAGGGAUAGAGUGAGAUUACAACUCAGGUAUGACACCCAAACGGAUACCAUUAUAAUACCCUUUAUGAUGGAGGUGGAAGUCAUUUUCACGCAGCUGGAAGUACUGACCAAAAAUAUGCCACUCACUGUUGAGAAACUGCUCGGCACAAGUAAUCCCAUCGAUAGAAGAAUUUUAGAAUUCACCUAUGAUAGAGGUGUACAACAAUGCAAAAUAGCCUCUCUCUCCAGUGGCAGCGUGCUGCCUAGGUAUGGGAAACUUGUGGAUGAGGACAGCCUUGGAACAAUGGUGGACUGUGAUGAAUUUGUCAAAAUGAGCAUCCGUUAUCAGCAUACUUUUGCUUUGAAGUCACCAAACAGAGAUUACAUUCCAAUGCUAGUGGAAUUACAUGAUAAGGAAGGCAAUUUGCUUAAGCAGGAAUUUUUCCAAAUUUUGGUCAGGAUUAAAGAGGGAGAGGAGAACACAGCCCCGAAACCCAGCUUUGUUGCAAUGAUGAUGAUGGAAGUAGACCAGUUUGUAAUGACAGCGAUAACCACCGAUAUGCUUGCUGCAGAGGAUGUUGAGUCUAAUCCUGACGAAUUAAUUUUCAACAUCACAUCCCCCCUGUCCUUUGAGGAGGGCUACAUAGUGAGCACAGAUGAUAGGAAUUUACCAAUAACCUCAUUUUACCAAGGAGACCUCAAAGACUUGAAAAUCGCCUACAAACCCCCUGCUGUGGAUUCAGACACUGAGCGGAUUUUCCAGAUUGAGUUUGAGGUUGUGGACACAGAGGGGGCUGUGUCAGACCCUUUUGCUUUCAUGAUUGUUGUUAAGCCUAUGAACACGUUGGCCCCUGUGGUGACUAGGAAUACAGGCCAGUUACUGUAUGAGGGUCAGUCCAGGCCUCUGUCCAGUUCACAGAAUCUUGAAAUCAGCGAUGAGGACAAUCUAGACAAAGUCAAAAUCACUGUUAUUGAUGGGCUGAGGCAUGGAGAAUUAACUGUUCUGGGCUCGAGGAGGAAAUUUUUCACCCCGACUGACCUGGACGCUGGAGUAGUCAUUUAUCAACACGAUGGCAGUGACACCUACAGUGAUAAUAUUAUUUUCAAAAUGACAGAUGGCACAAAUGAGGUGGAGUUUCUGUUUCCCAUCACUGUUGUGCCAACCGAUGAUGAGCCUCCCAUAAUCAAUGCCAACACUGGUUUGGUUUUAUUCAAAAAUCAAAUGAUGCCAAUCUCCUCACUUAUGCUCAGUGCAGCAGACAUCGACUCAGAGGAUUCUACAAUAAAAUUCACAAUAGAGCCUCCCUUUUCCACAAUUGGGCAGGUGCUAUUGCGUCAAUCUGAGGCCCCUGAGGACCCAUCAACCUGGAAGUUCAAUACAGAGGAUGAAAUGUAUGAGAAAGUAGUGACUGAAUGGUUGCAGCAGGAUAUUACAGAUGGUAAACUGUUUUACAAGCACACUGGGCCCCACAGCACCAACACAGUUAUGGAUCAGUUUGUGUUUAGAGUUCAAGAUGAUAAUGACCCACCAAACCAAUCAGGUGAGAGCUCUUUCAUUAUCAAAAUUCUCCCUGUUGACGACCUCCCACCUGAACUGUACCCUGGCACGACUCUGCAAAUGACUGUGCAUGAGUAUCAGCUUACUUACUUCCGAAAAAAAUUCCUCCGUUAUACUGACCUCGACUCAGAGGAUCGAGAUCUCAAAUACACAAUCAUCCAGCCGCCAACUGACACAGAUGAGAACAGCCCUGUUGUAUUGGGAGCUCUGGUUUUAACUGAAAAACCAAACACUGAGGUCACAACUUUCACUCAGGCACAAAUUAACCACCAUAAAAUAGCUUACAAACCACCUGAUCUUGAGCUUGGAAUUACCACUCAUGUUUUGCAGUUUAGGUACACUGUGGAGGAUGUUUCUGGAAAUCGUGUAGAAGGAGUUUUCACAAUAUUUUUAAAGCCUGUGGACAACAAGCCUCCUCAGAUAACCAACUCUGGGUUUACUGUGCUUGAACGUGGCACACAUAUCAUCACAAGUGCUGAGCUGGACACCUCAGACACAGACACAGACAGCAAACAGAUAAUCUUCACUGUUACUCAGCCACCACUUCAUGGCCAGAUCCAGUUUACAUUCACCGACAUGACAAAAGGAGACACUUUCAACCUAGACGAUAUUGGAAGUAGCAGAAUUUCAUACAUCCAUAAUGGGGAUGAAUCACUAGUUGAUUCGAUUCAAAUAGAUGUCAGCGAUGGGGUCCAUGUCGUCCCAAUUACUAUAAAGAUUAGCGUGAAGCCAAUUGAUGAUGAGACUCCGACUAUCAGUCUCCCAGCUGGCACAAUUGGCUCUUACAUAGAUGUACUGGAAAAUGGAGCAACAGAAAUAACGAGUAAUGUCAUUCAGGGAAGAGAUGAGGACACAGAUGACCUUCGUUUGACCUUCAUUGUUGAGGAUCCACCAUCAUUAGGUGAAAUCCUAGUGAAAGGUGUCCCAUCUGGUACAUUCACUCAAGCUGAUAUCAUUAAUGGCCUUGUUGUCUAUGCUCAUGCCAGUGGGGAGAUAGGCUUGACCACAAAAGAGGACUUUUUCAAUCUCACUCUGACAGACAUGUCUGAUGAGUGGACUGUUGGAGGAAAUAAGAUCACAGGUGUUAGAGUGCAUGUAACUAUUCUUCCCCUGGACAGCCAGGCCCCAGAGGUCUUUGUGGGGCCACAGUUCACUGUUGUUGAGGGAGAGAAGAAUGUCAUUCAAAUUCUUCACAUAAGCGCUGAUGAUGUCGACACCCCCAAUGAUGACCUCCUUUGUACAAUCAUUGUACAGCCGACUUCAGGGUAUGUGGAAAAUAUCUCCCCAGCACCCGGUUCAGAGAAAUCCAGGGCUGGGACAGCCAUUAGUGCUUUCACCAUCAAGGACAUCAGACAGAAUCACAUUUACUAUGUUCAAAGCAUUCACAAAGGAGUCGAGCCAGUGGAGGACAGGUUUACAUUCAGAUGCUCUGAUGGCAUCAAUUUCUCUGAAAGGCACUUUUUCCCUAUCUCCAUAAUCCCCUCUAAUGAUGAAAAGCCUGAGAUUUACAUGAGAGAGUUUGUAGUUAUGGAGGGCAUGAACAUAGUCAUUGACACUCCCAUUCUGAAUGGUGCUGAUGCAGAUCUCCCCCCUGAUCAGCUCACAUUCAUUAUCACCAAACCCCCCAAGCACGGAUUUAUUCUCAAUCAGCUCACUACUGGCACCGUCCCCGUCUUUAACUUCACCUUGGAUCAAAUCAGGGAGGCCUCCAGCAUUGUGUAUGAGCACGAUGACUCAGAGACCACAGAGGACAGCUUUGAUAUUGUUCUCACAGAUGGAAAGUUCAGUGUAGAGAAAACAGUAAUAGUUAUGAUUAUCCCUGUGGACGACGAAACCCCGAGGAUGGCAGUCAACGAUGGCCUUGAAAUUGAGAUAGGUGACAUAAAAGUCAUAAACAGCAAUGUUUUAAAAGCUACUGAUCUGGACUCUGAGGAUAGCAUGUUAACAUACAUUAUUCGCUAUGGGCCUGGUCAGGGCUAUUUGCAGAGAACAAUGCCCUCUGGGACAUUUCAAAAUAUCACAGUUGGAAUGAACUUUACACAGAAUGAAGUGGAUCAGGGUUUGAUUGUGUACAUCCAUAAUGGACAAGAGGGGAUUCGAGACCUCAUCAAAUUUGAUGUGACAGAUGGCAUCAACCCUUUGAUUGACAGAUACUUCUACGUAACAGUGGGUGGCAUUGACAUGGUUUUCCCAGACGUGGUCAGUAAAGGUGUAUCCCUUAAAGAGGGUGGCAGGGUUACUCUGACAACAGACCUACUCAGUACUAGUGACCUUAACAGCCCCGAUGAACACUUGGUUUACACAAUUACCCGUGCUCCAAUGAGAGGCCACCUGGAAUGCACAGACACACCUGGGAUGCCCAUCUCAUCCUUCAGUCAGCUCCAGCUGGCUGGAAACAAAAUCUAUUACAUUCACACUGCUGAUGAUGAAGUGAAAAUGGAUAGCUUUGAAUUUGAGGUGACUGACGGCUACAACCCUGUGUUUCGCACUUUCCGCAUUUCCAUUUCUGACGUGGACAAUAAAAAGCCUGUGGUGACAGUACACGGCCUGGUGGUGACCGAAGGAGAGAACAAACUCAUCACGCCUUUUGAGCUAACAGUGGAGGACAGAGACACUGUUGACCGCCUCUUAAAGUUCACAGUCACUCAAAUCCCAGUUCAUGGUCGCCUGCUCUUCAACAACACCAGGCCUGUCAACUCCUUCACAAAGCAGGACUUGAAUGAAAACAUGAUCAGCUACAAGCAUGAUGGCACAGAGAGUGCAGAGGACAGUUUCUCCUUCACUGUCUCUGACGGCACUCACACAGACUUCUUCAUCUUCCCCGACACAGUAUUUGAGACGCGAAAGCCCCAAAUAAUGAAGAUAACUGUCCUCCCUGUGGAUAAUGGGGUCCCGCAGAUUGUGGUGAACAAGGGUGCACCAACAUUGCGGGUUCUGGAGAAUGGUCGCCCGGGGUUUGUGAUCACCAGUAAGACCCUUAAGGCAGAGGACAGAGACAGCAUUCAGAAUUCUGUGACCUUUAGGAUUACUGUUGCCCCAGAACAUGGCUACCUGAUCAACCUUGGCAAAGGAAAUGCCACUAUCACCACUUUCACGCAAGCUGAAAUUGAUGACAUGAACAUCUGCUAUGUUCUGAGGGAUGGUGACAAUGCUACAAAUGACAUCUUCUAUUUUUCCAUUGAAGACAAUGGAGGAAACAAACUGAAGAACCAGCAGUUCCGUCUGAACUGGGCUUGGAUCUCUCUAGAGAAGGAAUACUAUGUGGUGGAUGAAGAGGUCAAAUUCCUGGAGGUGGUGCUGAAACGUCGGGGCUACCUGGGGGAAACUUCGUUCGUUAGUAUUGGCACAAAGGACGGCACUGCAGAAAAGGACAAAGAUUUCCGGGGGAAAUCUCAAAAACAGGUCCAGUUCAACCCUGGCCAGACCACAGCCACUUGGAAGGUCCGGAUCCUGUCAGAUAACGAAUAUGAAGUGUCAGAGAUCUUCCAGAUCGUUUUGUCUGAGCCGGUGAUGGCAGCCCUUGAAUUCCCAGAGGUCGCUACUGUGGAGAUCCUGGACCCUGAUGAUGAAUCAACAGUGUUCAUACCCUCAGCUGUGUACAACGUAGAAGAGGACAUUGGUGAGCUGCUCAUCCCUGUGCGCAGGAGUGGGGAUGUCAGUCAGGAGCUCAUGGUCAUCUGCUACACCCAGCAAGUAUCGGCCACAGGCACCGUCCCCACCACAGUGCUGUCCUACUCUGAUUACAUCUCCAGGCCUGAAAACCAUCACAGCAUCCUGCGUUUUGACAAAGGAGAGGUGGAGAAAUCCUGCCGGGUUGUGAUCAUUGAUGACUCCCUGUAUGAAGAUGAGGAAAGCCUCAAUGUCACCCUCAGUAUGCCCAUGGGGGGCCGUCUGGGCUCAGAGUUUUCCACCGCCAGAAUCACAAUCAUUCCCGAUAUAGAUGAUGCUCCUGUAUUCUACUUUGGAAACACAGACUACCAUGUGGAUGAAAGCGAUGGCUUCGUGGAGGUUCAGGUGUGGAGGACAGGGACUGAUCUUUCCAAAGGAGGAACCGUCACAGUGCGCUCCAGAAAGACAGAGCCUGUCUCAGCUGAGGCUGGUGUAGAUUAUGUGGGGAUCAGCCGGAAUCUGGACUUUGCACCGGGGGUCACCAUGCAGACUUUUCGUGUGACCAUCCUGGAUGACCUGGGCCAGCCGGUUCUUGAGGGACCAGAGAAGUUUGAACUGGUACUACGGAUGCCCAUGAAUGGGAUUCUCGGGGAGCCGAGCAAGGCCACUAUCCUCAUCAAUGACACUGUUUCUGACUUGCCAAAGGUGCAGUUCCGUGAUGCUGUGUAUGUAGGCAAUGAGGACUCAGGGCAGAUUUCAGCUACUGUGUACCGUAGUGGUGACAUUAGCUACAGGUCCACGGUGCGCUGUUACAGUAGGCAGGGGACAGCCCAGGUCAUGAUGGACUUCAAUGAGAGGCCCAACACAGAUGCUUCCAUCAUCACAUUUUUACCAGGAGAGAUUGAAAAGCCUUGUGUACUGGUACUAGUUGAUGAUACGGAACAUGAGGAAGAAGAAGAGCUCCGGCUUGUGUUGGGAAGCCCCAAGAGUGAAUCUCCAUUUGGAGCAGCUAUUGGAGUACAGAAUGAGACACUCAUCAAGAUAAAAGACGAUUCAGAUAAGGCGAUUAUUGAGUUUGGAGAGACCAAAUUCAGUGUGAAUGAGCCAAAGGAAAGUGGACAAGUGUCAGUGGUGAAGAUCCCAGUGUUGCGUGCUGGAGAUACCUCCAAGGUCUCUGUUGUCCGAGUUCACACGAAGGACGGAUCUGCUACCUCUGGGGAGGACUACCAUCCCAUAUCUGAGGAAAUUGUGUUCAAAGAGGGUGACGUGGAGCACUAUGUGGAGGUGGAGAUUUUAUAUGAUGGUGUCAGAGAAAUGAGGGAGGCAUUCACUGUACACCUGAGGUCUGAUGAGAACAUGGUGGCUGAAACAAAGAUAAGCAAAGCCAUAAUCUAUAUCGAGGAGACCAGCAGCAUGGCGGAUGUCACCUUCCCUUCAGUGCCCAGAGUGGUUUCUCUGCUGCAUUAUGAUGACAUUAACAGGGCGAGGGACUCUCUCCCUGUGGCUGGAUACCCUGUCAUUUGUGUCACUGCCUGUAACCCCAAGUACCCAGACUAUGACAAAACAGGCUCCAUCUGUGUAAGCGAGAAUAUCAACAACACCCUGACGCGUUAUCGUUGGCUUGUGAGCGCCCCCACCGGCCCAGAUGGUGUCACCAGCCCUAUGAGGGAAAUUGACUUUGAUACCUUCUUCACCUCGUCCAAGCUCAUCACUUUGGACUCAGUCUACUUCCAGACUGGUUCCAGGGUCCAGUGUGCCGCAAGGGCUGUGAACUCUAACGGGGACGAAGGUCUGGAACUCCCCAGCCCCAUAGUGUCCAUCAGCAUGAACGAGGGAAUGUGCCAGCCUCGUGUUGUAGGCACAGUGGGGGCUGAGCCCUUCUCUGCCAAGCUGCGGUACACUGGAGCAGAAGACAUAGACCACCCCAACCUCAUCAAACUAACUGUCACCAUGCCUCACAUUGAUGGUAUGUUGCCUAUAGUGUCCACUCGACCCCUAUCUAACUUUGAGCUCACACUGAGCCCUGACGGCACCCGUGUUGGCCACCAUCGCUGCUCUAAUUUGUUGGACUACACUGAGGUCAAGACUCGCUACAGCUUCCUUACCGAAGCCACCAAAAAUCCAGAAGUGAUCGGUGAGACAGCGCCUUACCAGUACAGCACUUCCCUCAGGGGAUCCAGUACACUACGCUUCUACAGAAAUCUCAACUUGGAAGCUUGUUUGUGGGAAUUCACCAGCUACUAUGACAUGUCUGAGCUGCUCAGUGACUGUGGAGGGACCAUCGGAACUGAUGGACAGGUGCUGAAUUUGGUCCAGUCCUAUGUGACUCUACGCGUCCCACUCCAUGUGUCCUAUGUCUUCCACUCCCCGGUGGGAGCAGGAGGAUGGCAGCACUUUGACUUACAGUCAGAGCUGAGGCUCACAUUUGUGUACGACACUGCCAUCUUAUGGAAGGAUGGUAUCGGCAGUCCACCAGAGGCUGAACUACAAGGUGCCCUUUACCCAACCAGCAUGCGAAUAAAUGACCAGGGACGACUAGUAGUCAACUUCCGAACUGAGGCUCGAUUCAGGGGCCUGUUUGUGUUUGCACAUCCAGCUUCACCACUCAUCUCCAUGGUCAUGUGUCCGGACCACCCUGGUUUGACCUUUAACCUCAGUCUUGUCAGGAGUGAGCCAACCUACAACCAGCCCAUCCAGCAGUGGACAUUCAUGUCUGAUUUUGCUGUGCGUGACUACUCUGGCACAUACACAGUGAAGCUGGUCCCCUGUACAUCACCUCCCAGCCUGGAGUACACCAUCCCUCCUGUCUGCAAUCCCAGAGAGCCUCUUACGUUCGACCUGGAUAUCCGUUUUCAGCAGGUUAGCGACCCUGUGGCUGCUGAGUUCAGUCUGAACACGCAGAUGAUCUUACUCUCUAAACAGACUCUGUGGCUCUCAGAUGGCUCCAUGGGCUUUGGACAGGAGAGUGACACUGCAUUCUCACAGGGGGAUACAGUUUAUGGCCGAGUGAUGGUGGAUCCAGUGCAGAACUUGGGCGACUCCUUUAUUUGUAACAUAGAAAAAGUGUUCCUGUGUACUGGGGCUGAUGGAUAUGUACCUAAAUACAACCCCAGCAACUUUGAGUUUGGCUGUCUGGCUGAUGCUCCAUCACUACUCUACAGAUUCAAGAUCAUUGACAAGGCCCAACCAGAGACCCAGGCCAGGUCAUUUGGCAAUGUAGCUUUCAAUGCUUUCCUGGCAGUGGAUGACCCUGGCGCUUUAGCUCUAGUGAGACAACCUGGGUCAGAUGGUUUCAGAAUGGAUUCCUCAGCUCUCUUCCAGGUGUCUGCAGGGAGAGAGUGGUACAUUCACACCAUCUACACCGUCCGUUCUCGGGACAACGCUAACCGUGGCAUAGGCAAGAGAAGUCUGGAAUACCAUGUGAUGAGCCAACACACAGAUCUGCUUCCAAAGAGUCAACAUCGCACCAGAAGAUCAGCCAACGAUGUGCCAGACAUAACAGAGGAGAUCGGCGUAAGUAAAAGCCGUGGCACCAACAUCCUGCACAUCGCACUGGACCGCAGCAGCCAGCAGAGGACGAGCCCAGAGAGGGAAAUCUUCACCAAAGGGAUCAUCCCCCAUGAGCUCAACCAGAGAGACAACAGUGACGACAGACUCGUGUUGAUCAUUGGUAUCUUUGUCGGGCUGCUCCUCACGGUUCUCAUCAUCAUCGUGGCGGUGUUUCUGGUACGGUCCAAGCGAGAGAAGAAGGACAUACCCAAGAACUCCAGCAGCGCAGAGCCCAUGAUGACACAAGGCCUCAGUAACAGUGACAGCUCAGAGGUUUAACAAACAGACUAAUGAUUGAGAGUUUUGGUUAAUAUUUUUGUUUUGCAAGUGCCUCACAUUUAGAUAAAAAUUGAAGAUUGUGUGUGAAGCAACACAAAUCACAAAAGCUUUGAUUCUAUUCAGAAAUCUACUUGAAAUACUGCUUCACUUCCACAGCCCAGGCAGUGGUCUGGACACUAACUAGGAGACAGACUGUGUUAGUAGCUGUUUCAAGGCACUUGUCAAGUUGUCAUCACUCAUUAAUUGAUUUGCUUUUGAUGCCACUUGAUCCAAAAAAAGGUGUUAUUUUUUUUUGUUUCCAAAGGUGCUACAGAAGAUGCCUCUUAACUUGAAUGGCAUUUGGUGUUUUACUGAUUAGGUCAAGAGAAACUGGAUAUUCUGCAUCACUGUAGUAGCUGUUAACAACAGGCUUUGUAUGUUUGAUUUGCUGCAUUAAGACACUGUCCAUAAAUCAGUGUGUGCCUAAGAAUUCACAGGAUUUUGAGGUUCCAUAAUGUAUUAUGUUUGUCCUGUGUGAUCAGCACGACAUUCAAAUCAAAUGAAAAAAUAUUUCUUUUUUUCACUCAAAUGAAAAAAAUAUUCUUUUGAGUGAACAUUGUAUUCUUGCGCCCAUGUUUUUGCAUGCAUUUAUUUUUGUAUUUUAAGAUUGUUUGAAAUUGUAAAAAAAAAAGUCUGAUUUGAAAGGAAUUGUGGUAAAUGUGUCUGACCUACUGUAUUUCCUCAAGUUUGUAUUUUACAGUAUAUCCCAUGAAAAAACAGUAUUUAUCAGUAGCUAACUAUUAUUGUUAAAUUCCCCCUAAUGUUUAGUUGUUGAAACACUGUAUGAUUUUAACACCUUAUAACUGACACGUGGCACUAAAUCAGAUCAGAGAAGGUAAACUGUAGUAUUGAUGUGACUUUCAAGACAGCUGGUCUGCGAUGUACAGUGAAGUACAGUACAGUACCACUUCCAGAUCCUCUAUUUCCAAAAGGAAUCAUUGUCACUCUUGGCACAACUGGUUCUUUGAUGUUGACUACUAUAGCUUAGUAGAGAUAGCUGGGGCUCUAAAUCCCCCUCACAACAGGGCUAUGUUUGGAUUGUGCUGUUAAAUUUCUUUAAACCUUGAAAUAUCAUCUAAUAGGUCUAUCAGAUUUCACUUAAAGGGAAUGAAAUGUUUUAUCUUGAAUCAUCAUCCUAAUUAUCAGAAAUUGUCUCCCUGGUUCAUUGGUUUUAAAUGUAUUUAUUUAUUUUUCAGCUCAGUGUUAGUGCUGACACAAACAUCAUUUCCUCUCCUUUUUUAAUUUCGAUUUGAACCUAUCUUUCUCAAACUGUAUGACUUGUUUGUCAUUGUGAUUUGAAUAGACAAUACGCCAAUCCAGUGUGUGUGCCAUGUUUGCAUUAAAACAUUGUGCAUAAAAGAUGAAACUUCAUACAGGCUUUCAAUGUAUCAGUGUUUGCUUUGUUUUUUUCAGACCCAGGCACCGGAUUGCCAUAAAAUCUGAUUACCUCAUACUACUGUAUAUCGUAUAAGAGACACUACUUCAUAGUCACUUCUUUAUAAAUGUUGUGUUUAUUUGCAGUUUUAUUUUGAAUUUGAAAACAAUUCUAUGCAACCUGUGAUAUCAUAACUUCAUGAAAUGUUUACCCCAAGUAUGAUUUUUUUUUCAGUGCACAAUUUGCUUGCUAAUUUAGGUUUAACACUGUAUCAAUGUACUGUGGUUCUUUUUUCCAAUCUAAUGCUUUGAGUGCAUUCUGAGCUUUUUAUGCACAUGUACGUAUGUAUAUACAUAUCUAUUACCUAUAAAUAUACCAUUUGGAUGUUUUUGGGAAUGGUUAUUGUUAAAAAAAUGCAUACUGUAUGUGCUGUAAGUAUUUGUAACAUAGACCAGAAGCACAUUGUGGUCUGCAAAUAAAUAAUUUU